UCCACCACUCCUUAACAUUUGAGAUUCAACUCCCGCAGUCUGUGCCCCCACUCUCUAUCAAAUCCACUUUGCUAUCAAGCGAUGGCUGUCACUUUCUACGACCUCAGCUCGGCGGCUGGCCUUAAGAAGCUCGAUGACUACCUUUUAUCUCGCAGUUACAUUACCGGAUAUCAGGCUUCAAAGGAUGAUCUCACAAUUCAUGCCGCCCUCUCAAAGCCUCCAUCAUCGGACUAUGUGAAUGUGUCACUGGAGUUUCUGGUGAAGGAAGUGGUGUCACGAUUGAGGGUUCGGCUUCAGUUGCAACCCCUCCUGCUGCGGACACCAAGGCAAGAUAUUCAUGUUACAGCCUCAGCUGCUGAGGAUGAUGACGAUGAUGAUGUGGAUUUGUUUGGUGAGGAGACCGAGGAAGAGAAGAAAGCUGCUGAGGAACGUGCUGCUGCUGUCAAGGCUUCCUCAAAGAAGAAAAAAUCUGGGAAAUCAUCAGUUCUGAUGGAUGUAAAACCAUGGGAUGAUGAAACUGACAUGAAAAAGCUUGAAGAAGCUGUUAGAAGCGUGCAGAUGGAGGCUAAACUCGUCCCUGUUGGUUAUGGAAUCAAGAAGCUGCAGAUUAUGAUUACCAUUGUGGACGAUCUAGUCUCUGUUGACACCCUCAUUGAGGACUAUCUUACAGCUGAACCAAUCAAUGAAUAUGUCCAGAGUGAUUUUUGGUGUUUCAGGCAGAUGUUGGGACCAUUUGCGGAGUAGCUUUGAUGUCAUAUGUAAUAGUUCAUUAUGUGUCUAUCUUCCCUUAGUUUUCUUAAUAUGACAAUUUUUAUAUCUUAAAAUGUUUGUAGUGACCAUCUAUGAAGUUUUUGGUAUGACUAUUUAUUCCUUUAGAUGUUGGGAAAAAUAGUUUUUAUGAUUCUUCUUCAAGAAUUACAAACUAUUUCAUUGCUGUCCAUUGUGAUGCUAUGAUAUAUUUUUCAUUUUUC